UUUUCUUCUGAUGCGCACACUCCGAUAUAUAAUUUUGUUCUGGCUCUGAUAGCAGACUUCAGCUUUUACGCCUUUUACAUCGUCCUAGAUUUUAUCCUGCUUUUCACUAUUAUUUCCCUUCAACAUGAAAUAUGCUCUUGUAACAUAUGCUGAUGAAGAUGAUGCACCUGGGAUUGUAGCGACAAAUUGGAUUGACUUUGAAAACGAAAUUUGUUGGUUUCCAAAUGUUAUAACAAAUGAAAAAAAGAUGAAGCUGCUUCUUUCCAGAGAACCACCAUCAGAAAAUUGGUUGCAGUGUCAAGUCACAAUUUUAAAAAUAUUUAAUAAUUAUUCUGCUGCUGCCGAAGCUCUUAAUGAAGCUGAAGAAUCAGCAAGUUUAGAAAUAGACACUGAAAGGACUUCGAGAAAAAAGAGGAAAAGGUACAUUUUCUUGCCUGAUGAUUCAAGCUGUGAUGAAGAUGAACCAAGACCUGCGAAACAGUCUCUUCCUUUUGUCAUUAAAUCCUACUCUUCGCUUUCUACGUUCCCAGAAUCGGCUGGUCCUAGGAUAUCUCAGAUUAACAUAGCUGAAACAACACGGCAAAAAAAACCUGAUUCAGCUUUAAGCAUUACAGAUGUAAAUGCCUCUGCUAUUGUCGAUACAAGUUCAGAUAUCAAUAAAAGCAUUCAAGUAAUUCAAACACAACAGGAUCUACUGAGAGAUAAUAUGAAGAAUCUCUCCAGCAUGGUCAACAGAAUCGAGAGUAAAAUUGAUGCAGUAUUGGAAUUGGUCGAAAGAAAACCUUCAUUAAAAAUGGAAACCAUGGAACUGAUCAACAUGGCAUCCCUGCCAAUUGGCAAUGAAGAAGAAUUUCAAACCUUCAACUCUUUACUUGCUGAAAACUCUUCAUUCAGGCAAAGUCUUCUUACAUCUUUGCCUGUUGCUGGAGGCCGGAAUGCGAAGGCAUUUAUAUUCAAUGUUCUUCGAAAGUUAAUGUUAGAUGACAUUGCAGAACUAUACUCCUUGACAGGAAAGCCAUUUAAACAUCAUACAUCAAAAAAAUCUUUUGAAAAAACUGAAGUUUACAACUUAAUUCUGGAGGUCUGUCGCAUUACAUUCAGUGAUACAAAGGAACCUGCUGUUAGAGAAGCCAUUUGCGACUGGCUUACGCAAGCCAAGUUUCGCAAGAGUCGAAGAGAGAGUAGAAUGCUUCAAAAUAGUACACAAGAGUUGAAUCCUAGUCUGCCUGUUUCAUAGUAUUUCAUUGUAUUUCUGUAAAUAAAAGUGUUUGUACAUUAUUGUUAAGUUUAAUGUUAUUAAAUGUGCUAAAGUGCUGUGUAAUGAGCAUUUUUUAUUAACAGUAUGGAGCUCUUCCCCCUGCUUGAUAACACUCACCAACCCCCGAAGAUUGCUUUGCAAAAUUUUUAUUAAUUGUUUUGUCAUUUUUCAUAUGUGUAUUAUCCUUUUCAGAGCAAAAU